CCGGGACUAACAGCUCCAUCACUGCGGGCGGCGCAGGUGAGCAGCCACACUCCCAAAGCUGUGCAUCCCGGGGCGCCCGCUCACCCUGUGUGGGUCCCGCCGGCCUGAAGGCAGGGCAUGCAGCGGUGGAGGAGAGGGCGCCCUCUAGAGCCCCACCAGCAUGGGCAGGGCUACCACUGGAGAAGAUCUUCAGGACAACAAGGACACAGCAUUCACCUGGGAAGUGAAGGCGAACAACGCCGCAUACCACCAGCAGUUCCGGGAGAAGGGCUUCCUGUGCUGGCGCAGGAGGAAGUACCAGACCAAUGGUAUCCACACGGCCAAGUACAGCAUCUUCUCCUUCCUGCCUCUGAACCUGUAUGAGCAGUUCCACCGCGUGUCCAACCUCUACUUCCUCUUAAUCGUCAUCUUGCAGAGCAUCCCCGAGAUCUCCACGCUGCCAUGGAUCACCCUCUUCAUCCCGCUCCUCUGUCUCCUCCUCAUCCGUGCCACCCGCGACCUGGUGGAUGACAUUGGGCGACACAGGAGUGACAGAAUCAUCAACAACCGGCCCUGCCAGAUGCUCAUUGGGAAGAGCUUCAAGUGGCGGAAAUGGAAAGACCUGUGUGUUGGGGAUGUGGUGUGUCUUACCAGGGACAGCAUCGUCCCGGCCGACCUGCUCUUGCUGGCCAGCACGGAACCCAGCAGCUUGUGCUAUGUGGAGACUGCCGACAUCGAUGGAGAAACCAGCUUAAAGUUCAGACAGGCCCUGGCGGUCACCCACUAUGAGCUGAUCAGUGCAAAGACAAUGGCGGCCUUCAACGGUACGGUGAUAUGCGAGGAUCCCAACAGCCGGAUGCACCAAUUUGUGGGAAGCCUGGAGUGGAAGAGCAAAACGUAUGCACUGGACAUCGGCAACCUCCUCCUGCGUGGCUCCAAGAUCCGCAACACUGACGCCUGCUACGGGCUAGUCAUCUAUGCUGGUUUUGACACAAAGAUCAUGAAGAACUGUGGAGAUAUCCACUUGAAGAGAACCAAGAUUGACCUCUUCAUGAACAAACUGGUGGUCUUGAUCUUCCUGUCCACUGUGGUGGUCUCCCUGCUGCUGAGCCUGGGGUUCUGGCUCCAGGGGCGUGAGAUGAAGGACAAGCACCACUACGUGUCGAUCAGCCAUGGCAAAGGGCUCUUUGUAGAAUCCAUCCUCAUCUUCUGGGCCUUCUUCAUCCUGCUCAGCGUCAUGGUCCCCAUGGCCAUGUUCAUCAUAUCCGAGUUCAUCUACCUGGGGAACAGCGCUUUCAUCAACUGGGACCUGCAGAUGUACUACGAGCCCCACGACGUGCCCGCCAAGGCCCGCAGCACCAGCCUCAACGACUACCUGGGCCAGGUGCAGUACGUGUUCUCCGACAAGACCGGCACGCUCACGCAGAACGUCAUGAGCUUCAAGAAGUGCUGUAUUGGCGGCCGCGUCUACGGUCCGGAUAACGAGGAUGGGACCUGCCCCAAGGAGAAUCCGUACCAGUGGAACGAGUUUGCGGACGGGAAGCUCUCGUUCUUCAACGAGGAGCUGCUAGGCAUAGUGCGGAACAAGCGGGACAAGGUGGUGCAGGAGUUCUGGCGCCUGCUGGCCAUCUGCCACACGGUCAUGGUCCAGGAGAAGGACAACCAGCUCCUGUACCAGGCGGCUUCCCCGGACGAGGAGGCGCUGGUCACUGCGGCCCGGAACUUCGGCUACGUGUUCCUGUCGCGCACCCAGAACAGCAUCACGCUGGUGGAGCUCGGGGAGGAGCGCGUCUACGAGGUCCUGGCCCUCAUGGAUUUCAACAGCGAUCGCAAGCGCAUGUCGGUGCUGGGCCUCUCCCCCGACCCCACAGUGCGGACGCCAGAGGGCUCCAUCUGCCUGUACACCAAGGGCGCUGACACGGUCAUCUUUGAGCGCUUGUACAAGAGAGGUGUGAUGGAGGCAAACACGGAAAAAAUCUUGUCUGCCUUCACAGAGCAGACCCUUCGAACGCUGUGCCUGGCCUACAAGGAGGUGGAGGAGCACACCUACCAGCAGUGGCAGCCGCGGCACGAGGCCGCCUCCGUGCAGCUACAGGACCGUGCGCGGGCACUGCAGCAGGUGUACAGCGACAUGGAGCAGGGCCUGCAGCUGCUGGGAGUCACUGCGAUCGAGGACAAGCUCCAGGAUGGCGUCCCCGACACCAUCAGUAGUCUCAAGAAGGGGAACAUGAAAGUGUGGGUGCUCACCGGAGACAAGCAAGAGACCGCGGUGAACAUCGGCUUUGCGUGUCAGCUGCUGACGGACAACAUGCUCAUCCUGGAGGCGCGGGACGUAAACAUCAUCCUGGACUCCUACGGGGAACAGAACAAAAUGGUGCAGACUCCCAAGCGCAGCCUGAGGUUCCAGCUGCAGAACGAGGUUGCCAUGGUCAUCAGUGGAGAAUUCCUGGACCAUCUGCUGGUGUCCCUGCGCAAAGAGCCCCGGGCUGUGAUCCAGAGCGAGGUGGAGGACAAGGCCUGGCAAGAGAUGAGUGCCAUCAGGCGGUUCUCCAUGAUGUGGUGGAGCCUGGGGACCUCUCUGUCCACACGCGGGUCCAAGGGCAAGCGGAAGCAGGAGAGCCCCGAGGCGCGGCGGGAGCGGGCCUUCGUGGAGCUGGCCUCUCGGUGCCAAGCGGUUAUCUGCUGCCGGGUGACACCCAAGCAGAAGGCCCUAAUCGUGGCGCUGGUCAAGAAAUACCAGAAAGCAGUCACCCUGGCCAUCGGGGAUGGUGCCAACGACGUCAACAUGAUCAAGACUGCGGACAUCGGCGUGGGGCUGGCAGGCCAGGAGGGGAUGCAAGCGGUGCAGAACAGCGACUACGCGCUCGGUCAGUUCUGCUUCCUGCAGCGGCUGCUGCUGGUGCACGGGCGCUGGUCCUACCUGCGGAUCUGCAAGUUCCUGCGCUACUUCUUCUACAAGACGGUGGCCAGCCUGGUGGGCCAGAUCUGGUUUGCCUUCUACAGUGGCUUCAGCGCCCAGCCCCUGUAUGAAGGCUGGUUCCUGGCACUCUUCAACCUGCUCUACAGCACCGUCCCGGUCCUCUACAUUGGGCUCUUCGAGCAGGAUGUGAGCGAUGCGCAGAGCCUAAAGAUGCCCGAGCUGUACAUGGCCGGCCAGAAAAAUGAGCUCUUCAACUACUGGGUGUUCUCCAAAGCCAUUGCCCAGGGCCUGUUCACCUCCCUGGUCACCUUUUUCCUUAGUAUGUGGAUCAUCCGCGACACCGCGGGGCCCAACAGCCUCGGUGACUACCAGUCCUUCGCGGUGGUGGUGGCCCUGUCCAGCCUGCUGUCCAUCACCAUUGAGGUCAUGCUGGUCGUCAAGUACUGGACCCUCUUGUUCCUGGGGACUGUGCUGUUCAGCCUGGGCUCCUACUUCAUCCUGACUUAUGCCACCCAGAGCCUGUGGGCCUACCGACUCGUCCCCAAGACCUUCCCGUUUCUGUAUGUCCUCCACAACGUGCUGAGCAAGGCCCCGUUCCUGCUCGUGGUGCUGCUGAAUAUAGCGGUGAACACCUUGCCCAUCCUGGCCCUCCGCAUCUUCCGCCACGUGCUCAAGAAGCCGCGCUUCAGGGAGGAGGUGGAGGCUGCCCCAAGCGAGGUCUCUGAGGAGCCCCUGCCUCAGUUGCGCCGGGAGUCCCGCAUCCGGCGCUCCAGCUAUGCCUUCUCCCACCGCGAGGGCUACGGCAACCUCAUCACGCAGGGCACGAGCUUGCGAAGGCCCCGCGGGGACAACAGCGACACGAACGUCCCCUCCGGGUUCCUGCCUGACGAGGUCGAGGAGGCGCUGCCCUCGACGCCGCGGGAACCCAGGAAGAUCUCGUUCCUGGUGAGCCGGCGGCCCCUGCUGAGGUCCAGGGCGCCUUCCCAGGACUCGCAGGUGCCCUCCACCCUGAGCUCGGCCUCCACCCUGGACCGGGCGGCGCCAGGGCCCUCUGGAAACCAGCCUGCCCUCCCCGGCAGACUGCUCGCUGGCCGGGGCAGGCUGUCCCAGGACAGCUCGUCGUCGUUUGCUGAGGCAGAGGCUCCAGCCUUGGUGAGGCCGGCGCAGCCCUCGGGUCAGAGUUCUGGGCACCGGGGGCCGGCCCACUCGCAGGAACCCGCGCCCCACCAGGUGGCCACAGGGACACAGACCCAGGAGUCUCUGAGUGAGCAGCCCAUGGAGACCGAGUCCGUGCAGAGGGAGCCCUCGCCCAUGGAGUGGCUGCCGGUGUCCUCCGAGGGCCAGCUGUCACCUCCUCUGAGGGAGCAGCCACCUCUGUUUCCAGAGGGGCAGCCAUCUCCCUACACAGGCCAAGCAGCUAACCGGAGGCCUGACCCCAAAGACAAGGGAGCUGUGCCCUUCACUCUUUCUAAUAAACCUGGACCCACCUGACCUCA